AUGGUCAGGCAGGAUGAUGAGAAUGUUAUUUUAAGAUCCAAACGUCUUUUUCACCAAUUUAUUGUCGACAGUUAUGCCAAACAGGAAACGCUUCGAUUAAAUUUUAUACGUAAUAAUCAAUCCAAAUUACGCGCCGAACUCUAUCAAGGCAUACAUGAUGCUAUUUUAGAGGGAGAUACUAAUGCUGACAAUCUUGGCAGAAGAAUAAUUUUGCCUUCUUCUUUUACCGGUGGCCCAAGGCAUAUGCAUCAGCUUUAUCAGGACGCAAUGGCUAUUGUACGCUGCUUUGGUAAACCAUCAUUAUUCAUUACUUUCACCUGCAACCCUAAAUGGGAUAAAAUAAUGCGUGAAUUAUUUCCUCAUCAGACCCCAAACGACCGCCCAGAUUUAGUUUGUCGCGUUUUUCGUCAAAAAUUAAAAUGUCUAAAAAAGGAUUUGCUCUAUUAUCAUGUUCUUGGCAAAGUAAUCGCUUAUAUAGAUGUCAUAGAAUUCCAGAAAAGAGGUUUGCCUCAUUGUUAUAUGUGCCUUAUACUAGAUAAAUCUCAUAGGCUACCAACGGCUGAUACUUAUGAUGAUGUAGUUUGUUCUGAAAUUCCUAACAAAAUAACUGAGCCUAAGCUGUUUCAAAUUAUUAGCAAUUUUAAUACACAUGGGCCAUGUGGUAUAACAUUUCCUAAUAGUCCCUGUAUGAUUGAUGGAAAAUGCUCGAAAAAAUAUCCUAAAUCAUUUGUGGAUACCUCUUCUAUUGAUAAAACUACUGCUUCCGUUUCCAUUAAUAAUGUUGAUGAAACUACCCAGAUCAUUGAUGCUCGAUAUAUAUCCGCCAUAGAAUCGCUAUGGCGUACUUUGGAUUUUGAAAUGCAGGAUCAUUCUCCUGCAGUCUAUCGUUUAGACCUUCAUCUACCCAAUCAACAUAUAAUCCUUUUUCAAUCAAAUACUGAUAUCAAUAAUAUCUUAACUAAAAAUCCUGGUACAAAAUUAACCGAAUGGUUUAAAAUUAAUCAACUUGACACAGAUGCCAGACAUUAUAUUUAUGCAGAUUUUGUAAGAUAUUAUGUGUGGAAACCUCUAUCUAAACAGUGGUUAAAACGAAAAAGGGGUGGUAAUAAAGUUAUAGGCCGUAUACGCACAGUUUCUCCUAAAGAGGGUGAGAUAAGCAAAGAAAAUAAUGACGAAUAA